UGGCCGGGCGGCGCCAGGUGGCGCCCGAGGCGAACGCGGCGGCUGUGAGGCGGAGCGGCUGGGCGAGGGCCAGACCCGGCCGGCCCGGGGAGGCGAAGAGAGGCGGGCGGGCAAGAUGCUGGAAGCGGCCGGGCCGGACCCGGAGCUGGACCCGGAAGACCUGGUGCACUUCUCCGUGGGGGACCUGCCCAGCCGCGGCUACGGGGUGAUGGGCGAGAUCCGCCGGCAGGGCAAGCUGUGCGACGUCACCCUCAAGGUUGGGGACCACAAAUUCAGUGCCCACCGGAUAGUCUUGGCAGCCUCCAUCCCUUACUUCCACGCCAUGUUCACCAAUGACAUGAUGGAAUGCAAGCAAGAUGAAAUAGUUAUGCAGGGAAUGGAUCCAAGUGCCCUGGAAGCUCUGAUCAACUUCGCCUACAAUGGACACUUAGCCAUCGACCAGCAGAAUGUCCAGUCCUUGCUGAUGGGAGCAAGCUUCCUGCAGCUACAGAACAUCAAGGAUGCCUGUUGCUCUUUCCUCCGGGAGAGGCUUCACCCAAAGAACUGCCUCGGAGUGCGCCAGUUUGCCGAAACCAUGAUGUGUGCCGUUCUCUACGACGCUGCCAACGUCUUCAUUCACCAGCACUUUGUGGAAGUAUCCAUGUCGGAGGAAUUCCUGGCCCUUCCCUUCGAAGACAUCUUGGAGCUGGUAUCAAGAGAUGAGCUCCACGUGAAGUUGGAGGAGCAGGUCUUUGAAGCUGCCUUGGCCUGGGUGAGGUACAGCAGAGAGCAGAGGGAGACCUACUUGCCAGAGCUCCUCUCCAAAAUCCGCCUGCCUCUUUGUCGGCCUCAGUUCCUCACGGGCCGGGUGCAGCAGGAUGACCUGGUCCGCUCUUGCCACAAGUGCAGGGACCUUGUGGAUGAAGCAAAAGACUAUCAGCUCAUGUCAGAGCGCCGACCGCACCUCCCUGCUUUCAAAACCCGUUCCCGCUGCUGCACCUCCAUCCCAGGCCUGAUCUAUGCUGUAGGAGGCCUCAACUCAGCAGCAAAUUUCUAUGCAGGUGACUCGCUGGAUGUGGUGGAAGUCUUCGAUCCCAUUGCCAAUCACUGGGCACAGUGCCAGCCCAUGACAACGGCCCGUAGCCGGGUGGGGGUCGCCGUGCUGAACGGACUCUUGUAUGCCAUUGGUGGAUAUGACGGGCAAUUGAGGCUGAGCACGGUGGAAGUUUACAACCCGGAGAUGGAUUCUUGGUCCAAAGUGGCGAGCAUGAACAGCAAACGAAGCGCCAUGGGCACAGUGGUGCUGGAUGGGCAGAUCUACGUGUGCGGUGGGUACGAUGGCACUUCAUCCCUCAACUCCGUGGAAACCUAUUCACCUGAAACAGACAAGUGGACGGUGGUGACCCCGAUGAGUUCCAAUCGCAGCGCAGCUGGCGUCACCGUAUUCGAAGGUUGGAUCUUUGUCUCUGGUGGACACGACGGAUUGCAAAUCUUCAAUAGCGUGGAGUACUACAACCAUCACACGGCCUUGUGGCAUUGCGUGACCAGCAUGCUCAACAAACGCUGUCGACACGGCACUGCCUCCCUGGGCAGCAAGAUGUUCGUCUGCGGAGGCUACGACGGCUCGGGCUUCCUCAGCACUGCCGAGGUGUACAACUUCAUGGUGGACCAGUGGUACUUGAUUGUGCCCAUGAGCACCCGGCGCAGCCGCAUCUCUCUCGUAGCAAACGGUGGCCGCCUGUAUGCUGUGGGAGGCUACGACGGACAGUCCAACCUGAGCUCAGUAGAAAUGUAUGACCCCCAAACCAACCGCUGGACGUUCAUGGCCCCUAUGGUGUGGCACGAGGGGGGUGUCGGGGUGGGCUACAUGCCACUCCUGACCCUCUGAGGCGAGGGGUCCAUGUUGUAAGUCAACAACUGCCAGAAUCAAGAGCCCAUUUUGGAGGGACAAUCUGUGGAGCGACUCACAUGCUGCCAAAAGAGUAAAUCACUUUCAGGUGCUCGGAACGUCUUCGUUUUGGAAAAUGCGCCACCAGCUCCAUGCUCAGAACCACGUUUGUGUUGAGGUUCCACAGGGUCCAGCUAGUUAGGAGACUGAGACUGUGUCACACUGAGAGUAGCCCACCUCUUUUUCUUCUUUCUUCCUCCUGUGCACCGUUGAUUGUUAAGCCUGGCUCCCAGCUGCUUUCCGAAUUUCCUCCUCUUCACCCUCUGCAGCCUCAACCUCCUUGGGAUUACGUCCAGAGUAUGGGGGAUUCUUAGGCUCUCUGUCUCCCGAUAGAACGAGCAACAGAGCAGGUUCCCCCAUCCUGCUUGGACGCCCCUCUCAGAAGGAAGUACUGCCUGGGCAAGGAGCAGGCCAGUUUUGUCCUUAGUACAGAGGGAAAAUGCCUCAACUUCUCAAAGAAAUUCUAGGAAGCCACAUAACCUAACUCACGGGGAAUUUCGGUUCAGUAGGUGGUGGGGCGGUGGCACAGUCUGAAAAAGCAGCAUGUGUUCUUCCUGCCGCCUGGGCAGUGUGGGGCGGGAUGCUCACAAUCCAUCCCCUGUUUGGACCCCCAGAUGUAUGACCGGAAGUCCAAUGUCCACUUUAGGAUUAAGUCAGGAACAAGGGGGCCGCGGUGGCUUGCAGCCUGAAGACAAGAGCUUCAUCACGUGCUCUCUGGAGCCGAGAGUGGGCCUUAUGCCCCAUGGCGUGUGUGAAUCACAUCCUCGCAAAGUCCAACUCCAGGCCCCGUUUAGCAAGACAGUUGGCAUGCUCCGUGAUUUCCAGGGCUGUGUCAGGAGUGCUUUCUGCAGAGCCAGCUGUUCAUAUGAGUCAUUCAAACAAGACCCUCGGACACGCGUGGGAUGCACAGGUGAAGGGGCUUCAUCCUGUAUCUGUGAAAUACAACAGUGACGUGCAGCCUGUGCCCAUUUAAACGUCGGCGUAUCCAGACCACUUCCAGGUGGGGGAGGGGGAGGAAUUGUCACCACUAUUCUGUUGGGACCACGUUGGCUGCAGCGGCCACGAGUUCCUCUGUCCCUUGAGCUCCUGCGUUCUGCGACUGUGCAAGCAAGACGUUUUGCUUCAGGUAGACUUUAGCAAGAAGUUGGAUUUGGGGAGAGGGUUUAUUUCACAACAAGAAAAGGACUGUUGUUGGAAACAAGCAAGCUUGAAAUGUAUAUCUGGUUUCAGUUGGCAGGCAAGGAGGAAAUGGUCAUUUCCUUUUUGCCCUUGGGAUUCUAACCAGCUUUUUGUCAGUUCUGUGUUUUUCUAAACAAGACAGAUACAGCAGCCUCACGCAUGUUUUGCAAGUGGUGAGAUAUUUUGACUUUGCAGCCUUGGGAAGGACAGUUGCCUGUCCCGUCUUGCUUCAGAGAGUUCGGUAAGCUGCCUGGGCAUCAUAAAUGGCGAGGGCACAGACUUGAGGGGCCAAUGGGCCAGCCUGCACAUGUCUUUCCUCUCCUCUGCACAAGCAGUCUUCAGCGUAGCCCGAGGACAAAUGGAUGCACAGUCCAUUUUUCCAGAGGAAUUAUCGCCGCGUGGUGGCAUUGCUCUGUUCCUUUAAAAAAAAAACGGCUUUCUGCUGUGAUGUUGUUGGCAAAUCAUUGGUUUAUUUUUCAGUCUCUUUAUCUUCUUUCCUCUGAUCAACAGCUGAUCUUUGCAUCUGCUUGCACCGGCCUGUGAUCAGCCAGUAAACUGGAAAGAGGCAGAUUCUUCUUCAGCAAAAUGGCAACACCACCGCCCAAUAAAUGCAUGCUCGCUCUCCCCUUUAAAGAAACACUGAAGCUUAACAAACGAGGGCUGCCUUUCUCUUUUUUCCUCUAGCACUGAACAUCCCCCUUGUGUCUGUACUUGGGGGUCAGGCGCAGGGAGUUCUUUGCCCUGCUGUUAAGAAGUGCCCGGUCCCUACCUCUGCUGGAUUGGAAUUUUAAGGGGGUUAAAUCAGAUUGGGACCCCAUCGGUGGUGGUAACAACAGGCAUUGCAACUUGUCAGCACUGCUGCCUGGCCUGGCCUUUUCCAAGCCAAGAACAUUCCUCCAGGGUAGCAACCCACUGCGGGCACUUGCCCCUGUCCGUUAAAGUUCCCGUUGUACUGUAGAGUGUAUUAAUGUCUGCUAGGGUUGAUUCUUUUUGAAAGCACUACAUGGCUCCUGCCAGUCGCCCCAUUAACUGAAAAAGGGUCUUGUUGGAAUGAUCCAUUUCAUGCAAACCAGCCCUGCAAUACCUGGUAAAUAUCACAAUUCUGAAAGGAGCUCUGUCUCGGGGUCCCCCCUGUGUCUUAAUCUUCAAGCUGGUCUUGCCGUCAGUUUCUCGAGGCCCAGGUGUGAGAGAAUGCCGGCCCUGUUAAAAAGGCUUCAAACCCAAGGGAGUCCGGUGGCUUUGCAGUGUAAGAGGCUGCUGUACUGCUGGUGGCUAAACUGCGGUUCCUCCAGACAGCAUGCAGGAACGUUGAUGGGGUGGGCGUACAUUCCUAAGCACAUGGGGAAGAAGUGCUGGUGGGGUGCUUUCUGCCCAGGAACAUGCCAUGUACACGGUUUAGGUGAUCCAGAAGCGCCGAUUGAUCGUGGGGGGGGAGAUGUUUGCCAAGCACAAUGCAGUGUUGGGAGCUUAAAAAGGAAGGCAGUUGGUCACCAUAAGGCAUACCUGGGUGUGAUUUCUGUUCACUAUUUGAAGCCGCUGCCAGCCUCCACAGCCACUUAGAAUAGCUUUUUCUGUUUUUCUGAAGGCAGAUCGGCCACAAUUUGGUGUUCUCCAGCUGUGUCGGGAAAGGGCUACAGGGUGCAGUUACGUGCCUGGGGAUAUUACUGGGAUAUCUGCCCCCUCUUUUCUUCUGUGUGUUCUUCAUACGUGAACCAGUCGUGUGAAUUUUCACACUUCCAGGGGGAAUUUGCCUAGCACCUCAUAAAACCAAAGACGGCCAGGGUCCAGAAUUGAGAGAUGUUUUCUGAGGCUACCAGGUCGCGUACGGAGGCUGUCAGCUCACAUCAGCGUAAAACCACUCCGAGCAUAUCCCCUUCUGGGGUGUUCGUGGCAACCUCUCUGUAGAAGAAAAAGCUUCCGUUCUCCCUGGUCCAAAUAUAUCCAACUUGAAAAGAGUCUUUUUCAACGGGUCAGUAUUUUCCCCCUCCUUUUUUGCAGAUGGGGCUCGUCUCCAAGGUUGAUUGUCCUGCCUGGCCUUUUUUUAUUGAGCCAAUUCUUCAUUGAAAUCCAUACAUGGUGUUGUUUCCAUAGGUGAGAGUUCACUGCAGAAUAACAGGGCUGUACAUUCAAACACUAGUUCUUCCAUAACCACUGGCAAAUAAAUGUUCAAGUCUUUUGUGUACAUGUCACAGUGAGUGUGGAAAUGCCUCUGUCGGGCGCAGCUGUUUAGGGUUGGGCACUGCCCUCGUUUGAGCUUGCUGCUGUAUGCGCGGGGCCCCUCAGUCAGCUGCAGUGGCUGUAGUGUUGAGUGCUGGCUCUUGCAAGAGGGAGGAGUUCUCACAGCUGAGUGUAAACAUUAGUGCAAUUGAACAACUCCAGUUGCAGAGUCUCAGUAAUGGGUCAGAACCAAUCCUCAUUGCUGCUGCAGGAUUUCCGUACUUCAGGUGUAUAUAUGUGGAUGUCUAUAUAUAUAUGUAUGUAUACAUUAUAUAUAUAUUGAGGCUCUGUGUAUAAAGUUGAUGUGUAGUGUGGGCAUAUCUGGAUUAUAAAUGUGCAUGGUUUGUUCACACAUGUAUCUCACCGACCUGUGUCUGUAAACUUCAAGCCAGCCAAUACAUGCUCCUGGGUACAAAUUCAUUUUGACAUUUAUGCGCUACUAAGAUAUUUGUAAGCAACAGACUUGAAAAUGAACCAGCCCUCAAAACCUGGACUAAAGUAGUGCAGAGUUUUUCAGACAAUGAAAAAUAAAGUUGUUGAAUUUUU